UGAUCCAAGUCAAAGACCAACAGCAUUUGAAUUGAAUGAGACAUUUAGCGAUUGGAUAACUGAUAUAUGUGAUAACCCAGAACCAACUGAGAUCAAUGAGGAAUUUAAAGUUGCUGAGGAAAGAAGAUGUGAUAUUUUUCAAACGCAGAAAAACACACCACAAGAAAUUCAUAAAGAUGCGUUUUACACAAGUCGACUUCUUGACUUUCCAGAACUUAGAGAAAUACGUGUACAUGUAUAUGGUUCUCAAGCGAUAAUCUAUCAUCAAGUUCCGCGACGAAAUUCAAUAUCAUAUCUCCACUCAACAACCAUUAUUGAUACUCAUACUUCCAUGAUAAAUGCUAAUAAUGAAGCCGGAAAUUCGAUUGACGACGUGUUUAAUGCAUUUCGUUUACUGAACUGA